CUCUCUCUUGCCCCACGCACAGCUUUGCGACGCCAACUACUUGGACAUUCCACUUUUGCCAGAAUGUCCUCGACCACGCAUAACCACACCGACGCUUCGUGCAUUUUCUGCAAGAUCAUUGCGGGAUCCAUCCCGAGCAUGAAGCUCUUCGAGACGGACAAAGUCUAUGCUUUCCUCGACAUCGGACCUAUUGCGCCUAAGCACUGCCUCGUCAUCCCCAAGUGGCACGGCGCGAAAAUCACAGACAUACCCGACGACUACCUCAUGGAGAUCGCCCCAGCGCUCAAGAGGAUCGCCAUCGCAUCAGGGGAGGAGAACUACAAUCUGCUGGCUAAUGCCGGGACCAUUGCGCAUCAAGUGGUGAUGCACUUGCAUUGGCAUUUCAUUCCCAAGCCUGAUGAGAAGCAGGGCCUCGGAGUGGGAUGGCCUGCGACGAAGCCUGAAAAGAAGGAGUUGCAAAGGAUUUACGACGAGUUGAAGCAGAAGCUGUAGUGAGCAGGUGGCGGGCAGCUGAAUGACAUGAGAUGUGAUGUGACGAUAUUCUUCUUGAUGAUUGAUUGACGGUACGGUCAAGAACGAGGACAUAAUGGCAAGAACAGGACAUGACUGCUAGC